AUGGCGGCGGCGGCGGGCGGCGAGGUGGCCUGGGCGGACUGGGUGGACGAGGUGGAGGACGAGGAGGAGGAGAUCACGGCCGCCACGCUGCGGGGCAAACCCCGGCAGCUGCCCACGUCGGCGCAGGCCACCAUGGGCUUCGUCCCCCUGCGGAGGCUCGGCCCCAAGGAGCACAGCUACUUCAACCGCCCGGCCAAGACUGGGAUCGUUUCCCUUUACGACUGUUUUUAUAAGCAGAGCCUAGAUUACAACCAGAAAUUACACCGUGAUGACCGAGAGCACGCCAAAGGCAUGGGACUUCACAUUAGCGAGGAGGAGCAGGAGAGGACCGUGGGGGUGCUGUCCUCCUCCGUCUACGGGAGGCGCAUCGAUAAGCCCGUGGAGCCCCUGAACCGCGACCACGGCCGCGUGAACCACGUGCAGAACGACUUCUACAGGAAGAACGACAUCACCAGCAUCAAGGAGCCCGGCUUCGGGGACAUUGCCCCCGCCUGA